AUGCACUGGCACGACCCAACCUGUCCCCGGUUGGACGGAGUUUGCGCCAACAAUCUCAUCAGCUGCAUAAGAUGCGGCUCCUCCAAGCUUCUUGUCAGCGAGGACUCCAAGAGCCUGCCAGGAGUGUUAGGACCCGGAAGCAUUUAUUCGCCAAUCAGCCAACAUACAGAGAUAAGACUCCUGGUGGUUCAUCCAGGGGAAUUUCCCGAGCCGGUUAGAUGCGACAUGGUUACCAGAGCCGUGGGGAAGGCUAUGUAUGACUAUGAGGCAAUAUCGUACACUUGGGCCGACGAGACCGGUGACAAGACCCAAAGCGGUCUGAUUUUCGUGAACUCUACCCCCAUACCUGUUACCCGAAACUGUGAGAUGGCAUUACGGCGAGUACGUUGGCGGUCGUACGAGAGGCGCAUCUGGAUUGAUGCUGUGUGUAUCGACCAGACCAAUAUCGACGAGCGUGGCCACCAGGUUCGCCUCGUGCCCGAGAUCUACGCAAGGGCGAAAAGAGUCCUCAUAUAUAUUGGCGAAGCAGCGGACCAAAGCUCUUCUGCUUUGCAGUUCAUCGCAAAUGGUGGUUUCGGGAACACUCCAACCCAAGCCGAUUUGGAAGUUGCGAAGAAAGCUCUGGACCGUUUGUUGUCCAGGAGGUACUUUUCCCGAAUUUGGGUUCUCCAGGAGAUUGCCCUGGCAAGGGAAUCGAAGUUGAUAUGCGGAGACACUACCAUUACAUGGCAGUUGCUU